AUGGAGGCAAGUGAAAAGGAAUUAGCUAAGACUAAGAUUACUAAAGGAUUUAAAUUCUCUUUUUCUUUUGACCCUGAAAACUUAAAGCAGCCAGUGUCAAAAGGAAAAAUUAGUUAUUGUUCAUGUGGAGCUGUUCUUACUUCUUCUCCUUGCCCAUUUUGUGGUAAGACAUCUUCUUCUGUUACUCCUUUAAAUAAUGGCUUUGGUUUAUUCAAACUAACUUCUGGAAAACAAACCACUGAUAUAAAAACCCAUGUCUAUUGUAUUGACAUUUCUGGUUCUAUGGAAGGUAAUAGAAUUUAUAGUAUUCAAUCAACAAUUAAAAAAAAGAUCCAAGAAUUAGUUCUUUCACGUCCACAAGACAAGGUUGCUAUUGUUUUAUUUGAAAGUGAUUGUUUUAUUAUUGGAGAUGGAAUGUCCGAUAUUGUUCAAAUUGACUCAGAUUUAUCUUUUGAUGCUAUUGAAAAGAAAAUAAAGAAUUAUCCUACCAUUCAUCCAAUUUCUGAAAGUUUAAAAAGUUUAAUGGAAAAAAUAGAUUCAAUAAACACUAAUGGAAGAACAGCUUCAAUUUCAGGGUUAUGGAUUUCUAUAUUGUUAGCAAUAAGGACAGGUGGUGAUGUUUUGUUUUGUACUGAUGGGAUGCAGAAUAAAGGGCUUGGUACUGAUAGUGUUAAUAAAAUCAUUCAAGUUUUACAAUCACAACAUGGGUCAACUGUUGUGAAUUUGUUUUUCUUUGAAGAUUGUGACUCAUUUAUUGGUUCAUUCUCUAAUAUUGCAACUACAACUAAAGGUCGUGUUAGUUCAGUUAGAUUAGACAAUAUCAAAAAAGGAGUUGAUGCUGCUAUGAAAAGAGAGAAUUUAGGAUAUGAUGUUGAAUUUACUUAUAAACAUCCAAAAGGAAUUGAAUUAGACAAAGGAGUAAAUUCAAUGCAUAUAGUUUCUUCUUCAGAAGCAAUUCCAAUCAGAUAUACUGUUACUAAUCCUGGUGUGAUUAAAAAUAUGCCUUCUCUUAAAGUUCAAGUUGUUAUGAAAUACAAAGCACCUAAUGGAUCAGAAAUGAAAGCUGUUAUUGAAGGUUCAAUAGAUUUAGUCGAAACUAUUGGAAGUCAAGAUGUUAAAGUAGUAAUUUCAACAACAUUAAAUGUUAUUUCUCAAUUAGUGGAACAAAAUAAGUUUACAGAAGCUCUAGAUGAAUUAAAUAAACUCAAGACUUUUAAAUUUAAUAUUAGUGCUGAUGAAGACGAGAUGUUUAAACAAACUCUUCCUUGUCUUGAAUCAUUUAUUAAACAAGGUCAAAUUGGGGUAAUUCCAAAAGAUGAAGUUGUUGCAGUCUUAAAUAAUAUGAAGUCAAUUAAGCCAAGUGACAUUUCGACCAAAUAA